UGAGCUGCGGCUCCGUGCUUGAGGACAACAUCAUCGUUUCCGAAGUAAGCUUCGUGGAGAAUAGUGGAGGAGGAUUGUCCGCUGUUGGCCAGUUUGUUGCUGGUGACUCAUCUGGAAAUGCGCCAUCAUUGGGGGGAAACUUCCACACUGGGGUUGGGAGGGAGUCCAGAGCUGCCACCCUGCAGAAUGCCAAGCGACAAAUAAACCAUAUUGGUCAUCAGCUUCAAAUGAAUCGGCACUGUCUGGACACUGCCUUCAACUUUUACAAGAUGGCCCUCUGCAAGCACCUGACCAGAGGGCGCAAAUCAUCCCACGUCAUCGCCGCCUGCCUCUACCUCGUCUGUCGAACGGAGGGAACACCUCACAUGCUGCUAGACUUGAGUGACCUCCUUCAAGUGAAUGUGUAUGUUUUGGGAAAAACCUUCCUUGUUUUAGCCAGAGAGCUGUGUAUCAACGCGCCAGCUAUUGACCCGUGUCUUUAUAUCCCGCGCUUUGCACAAAUGCUGGAAUUUGGAGAGAAGAGCCAUGAUGUUUCAAUGACGGCACUACGUCUCCUGCAGAGGAUGAAGAGAGACUGGAUGCACACGGGACGGAGACCUUCAGGCCUCUGCGGAGCAGCACUCUUGGUUGCUGCCCGUAUGCACGAGUUCCGUCGUACAAUGAAGGAAGUUAUCAGUGUGGUGAAAGUCUGUGAAGCUACACUAAGGAAAAGACUGAAUGAAUUUGAGGACACGCCCACCAGUGAGUUGACAAUUGAAGAGUUCAUGCGGGUGGAUCUGGAGCAGGAGUGUGACCCGCCCUCUUACACGGCUGGAAUCAGGAAGCAAAAGCUAAAAGAGAUUGAGCAAGAGCUUGCAAAGAAAGUUGAUGAUAUUGAAGGUGAAAUCUGUGGAUAUCAGGAUGAGAUUGAAGUCGAGCUGGAGAGCUGCAGACCCAAAGCCAGGGGGAUUUACGCAUCCUCUUCUAAAGAUGAUGAUGUGAUUUCCUUGGCAUCGUCCAGCAUUCUAGUUGGUGAUGAGGAAGGAGAAGAUGAUGAGCUGAGGGCAGCAGCAUCUCACCUGUGCAGUACUGUAGGCGAAGAAGAUGGAGAUGGCAGUGAGCAGGAUGGAGAUGGAGAGAGAGUCUCUCCAAAUAAACGGCCCUCGUUGGCAUUAUUGCUUGGAGCGCUUCCCACUGCAGCCAGUUUGGGCCUGCCCGAGUCCAUCACCAAAAUGAGCGAGGAAAAGGAGAAUGACGUGGAGGCUGAAAGCGGUGAGCUAGAUCUCAGUGGUAUCGAUGAGGAUGAGAUCGAUCGGUAUAUCCUUAAUGAGAAGGAAGUUAAGGUGAAGACUAAACUGUGGAUGCUUCAAAAUGCAGACUACCUCAAAGAACAGAAAGAAAAAGAGGAGAAAAUAGCAAAAGAAAAGGAGGAGGGUACAUAUAAAGAGCGUAAGCCUAGAAAGAAGGCUCAGAGGCGUGAGCCCAUCAAUGCCAGCACUGCAGAUGAAGCCAUCGAAAAGAUGUUGGAGCAGAAACGCAUCUCCACUAAAAUAAACUAUGAUGUUCUGAAAGACUUGAACAAAUCCAGCCCAAAAAGUCCCACUCACCAGACUGAAGAAGCUUCUGCUGGAGCCAAAAGAACCCCCACGGCCCGCCAACGGAAACCCCAACUGACUUCACCCAAGAUUGGCAAAACGAUCAGCAGCUUUGGCAAGAGGUUACAGCCCCUGGUGUGUGCACAGCCCUCUAAGAAGCUGGCCCUCGAUCAGAAAGGGUUUGGUGCCCCUGUGGCCACUCCUGCUGCCCCAUCCCAAAAUACUGUUGUUGUGGAGAGCGGACCGGUGGCAUACGAAGAGCCUGCAGAUGAAGAAGAGGAUGAUGAGGAGGACGAACGCUGUGUCAGUGCCAUGCAGUUAAUGGGCGGCACUGAUUAUGGCUAUGAAGUGGAUGAUGAUGAUGGCUUCUGAAUCCAGAGGGCCUGUGGGAGCACCAUUGGAGAGGACACACUAACGCUUACCCAGCUGCUUACUCUGACCCCAAAACACACGUGCAACCUCCAUCUCAUUACCUCUAGUGUCCCUGCUUAUGUUUACAAGAUGACAAAAAAAAGAACUUUUACACACUACAGAGACUUGAAAAAUACAGCUUUUCAUUUAACGUUCUUCCUUUUUCAUAGGUGUGUGUUCUGAGCUCAUAUGCACCAAGUUAAACACCAUUUAAACUCACAGCACACAAACAAGAGAGAGUGUAAAUGGAUGCGUUUGUGUGUGUGUGCGUGUAGGGAUUGAAAGUGAUGAUUCUCUCUUUGGAGUGUGUAAGCCUGCUAGCUAACUGCAUUACUGUGUGUUUUAGGCUAAUGAUGACAUAUGAUCUUGCACAUCUAAAGCGAUUAGCCCACACGAGGCUCAGGCCUCUGUGUGGACAAAUGUGUGCAUGUACACGUGCCUUUAAAUAUUGCAGUAUACAGGCCUGGAAUAGUAUUGUGCUGAUUUUCUGGGCCAAAGUGUUACAUUUUAAACCAGAUGUAGCUUUAUGUGCUCGGUUAAAAUGGAUUAGAGACAGUAAAAUAUGAUUCGUAACAGUGUUAAAUUUUGUUCCGCUGCUUGGCUGGUUUUCCAGUGCUUUUUUAUUAUUAUUAUUAUACAGUUACCUACUGGUAUGGUAGAUUUUCCAGUUGGACUAUUGAAGUUUUUUUUUUUUUCAGUAUAAUGCUUAAAUGGUACUCUAACUUUUAUUUUUGAUUUGAUAGUUAUUGUUUUUCUGAUUUAAUAUAGAGACAUAGAUAUCAAACCAAAUGAGAAUACUUGAAAAAUUCAUUCCAGAUAAAUGCUGUUAAAGCGUCAUUAAAUCAUUUUGAACAUUUACAAAAAUGCAAAAUACAUAUAUAUACACACACACAUUUUUUUUCCAAAGAAAAAUGUUUACAUUGCUAGAUUGUUUUGAAAUGGACUGAUGUCAAAGAAAUAAUAUAUUGAUAGUUUAGUAUUGGUCUGUUAAUAAGGAAGAAUGAGUGUUUUAAUUGUACCAUUUGUAUCUCCCUUAGUAGGAUUGCUCUUUGAGAACAUUUUACUUUAUUUAUAGUUUGUACUUUCCGAGACAAGAUAAGAGUGAGAUUUUUUUAUUUACUUCAGUUGGAAAAGUAUUUGAAGGGUUUAUUCAAUCAGUCAUGCCACAAUACACAUAGAUAUUACUGAUUUAAAACCAAAUAGUUCCAAAUCUGAUAAAUAAAAGUACAGGUUACAUUAAAUGUUAAAUACAUAUAUAAGUAGUGACUUUAAUUUGGGAGUUUUGAUUUCGGAUUAGACCGCAACCUUGAGCUGUAUUGAAAUCAACAAUUGAUAAAUACUUAAUGUCUUGGUGAUUUCUUGCAUGUAUAAUAAAAAUCAUUAGUAUGCAAUCCAUCAGGAUUUUCAAAACUGGACACAUUUAUAGUUUUAUUUUGUUCUUAAAGUUUAAUUGCAUUUUGCUCUAUACUAUUACAGCUAUCUUGAUUUUGGAGUCAGAUUGGUUUUGAAAAAGUAAUAGUGAGAUUAAAACAGACUGAAAAAAAGUGUUGAGUAAACUUAAACAGUAUUUAUGGCCAAAGAAAUAAAGAAUAUUGAUUAUG